GUCGGCCCGCCCGCGCCUCCAGCGGAAGCCGGAAGCAAAGGCGGGCCCUGCUAGCCCCGCGCUCGGUGGUCUCGGAGGCUCCGCGGGAUUGGGGAGAAGAUGGCGGAAGAGGAGUUCCCCAACACGACUCAUGAAGGUUUCAAUGUCACCCUGCACACCACCCUGGUGGUCACUACGAAACUGGUGCUCCCGACCCCUGCCAAACCCAUCCUCCCGGUGCAGACAGGGGAGCAAGCUCAGCAGGAAGAACAGUCGAGCGGCAUGACCAUUUUCUUCAGCCUCCUCGUCCUAGCUAUCUGCAUCAUAUUGGUGCAUUUACUGAUCCGAUACAGAUUACAUUUCUUGCCAGAGAGUGUUGCUGUGGUCUCAUUAGGUAUUCUCAUGGGAGCAGUUAUAAAAGUUAUAGAGUUUAAAAAACUGGCAAAUUGGAAGGAGGAAGAAAUGUUUCGUCCAAAUAUGUUUUUCCUCCUCUUGCUUCCACCUAUUAUAUUUGAGUCAGGAUAUUCGUUGCACAAGGGUAAUUUCUUUCAAAAUAUUGGUUCCAUCACCCUAUUUGCUGUUUUUGGUACAGCAAUUUCCGCUUUUGUAGUAGGUGGAGGAAUUUACUUUCUGGGUCAGGCUGAUGUAAUCUCUAAACUCAACAUGACAGACAGUUUUGCAUUUGGCUCCCUGAUUUCUGCUGUUGACCCAGUGGCCACUAUUGCUAUUUUCAACGCCCUUCAUGUGGACCCAGUGCUCAACAUGCUGGUGUUUGGAGAGAGCAUUCUCAAUGACGCAGUCUCCAUUGUCCUGACCAACACAGCUGAAGGUUUAACAAGAAAAAAUAUGUCAGAUGUCAGUGGGUGGCAGACGUUUUUACAGGCCCUUGGCUACUUCCUCAAAAUGUUCUUUGGCUCCGCGGCACUCGGCACUCUAACUGGCUUAAUAUCUGCAUUGGUGCUGAAGCACGUUGACUUGAGGAAGACGCCUUCCUUGGAGUUCGGCAUGAUGAUCAUCUUUGCCUACCUUCCGUACGGGCUCGCAGAAGGGACCUCACUGUCGGGCAUCAUGGCCAUCCUCUUCUCCGGCAUCGUGAUGUCUCACUACACACACCACAACCUGUCCCCGGUCACCCAGAUCCUCAUGCAGCAAACCCUGCGGACCGUGGCCUUCUUGUGCGAAACAUGUGUGUUUGCAUUUCUUGGCCUGUCCAUUUUUAGUUUCCCUCACAAGUUUGAAAUUUCCUUUGUCAUCUGGUGCAUAGUGCUUGUGCUGUUUGGCAGAGCCGUGAACAUUUUCCCCCUCUCCUACCUCCUGAAUUUCUUCCGUGAUCAUAAAAUCACCCCGAAGAUGAUGUUCAUCAUGUGGUUCAGCGGCCUGCGGGGCGCCAUCCCCUACGCCCUGAGCCUCCACCUGGACCUGGAGCCCAUGGAGAAGCGGCAGCUCAUCGGCACCACCACCAUUGUCAUCGUGCUCUUCACCAUCCUGCUGCUGGGCGGCAGCACCAUGCCGCUCAUCCGCCUCGUGGACAUCGAGGGCGCCAAGGCGCGCCGCAGGGGCCGCAAGGACGUCAACCUCAGCAAGACCGAGAAGAUGGGCAACACCGUUGAGUCGGAGCACUUGUCGGAGCUCACGGAGGAAGAGUACGAGGCCCACUACAUCAGACGGCAGGACCUCAAAGGUUUCCUGUGGCUGGACGCCAAGUACCUGAACCCUUUCUUCACGCGGCGGCUGACCCAGGAGGACCUCCACCACGGGCGCAUCCAGAUGAAAACGCUGACGAACAAGUGGUAUGAAGAGGUGCGCCAGGGCCCCUCGGGCUCGGAGGACGACGAGCAGGAGCUGCUGUGACCGAGCGAUGCCCAGGACGCCCGGGAUGGACCCCCGCAAGGCGCGCGCACGGGCAGCUCUCCGCUCUUCAGGGCGGACAGGAGGGUGACACCCGGGCCAGGGUCGUCCCAGCCCGGGACUCCGCAGACCCUGGGGGCCGGCCGGCUGCCCUGCAGUGCCCCCCUCCCCGCUCCUUACUGGGCCUGACCGCAGACCGGAGGGCCCCCGUGCAGGUAGAUCUUUGCUGCUGCUUCCGGAGCCAGGGAGCAGCCAUCUGUCCGGUGAGGUGCCCGAGAGCGCGGUGCGCAGUCGCCGCCGUCCCUGGCCGCUGCCUUCAUCACGGAGCCCUUCCCUGCCGGGUGGGCAUCGGGACCCACGGGGCCGCAUGCCGGCCGCCACUUGCUGCUCCUCAUCACUGUGCCGCUGGCUUCUUCAGCAGCAGUUCUCAUCCAAGCGGCAGGCUCAAAACCCUCGGACCCUCGCCCACCCCUUCGUGAUGUUGCUUGCGCUCCGUGAGAGAAACCAAGAGGCCUUUUUUGUUUUACCUCCGACUGGCACCUCACAGGCUGUCUCCCCGGGCGGCAGGCGGCUCCCGCCUUCUCUGGGAAUGCUGUGAAUGUUUACACUGGAACCGCGCGGGCACAGACCCUGGAGCCCUGUUGGAAGCUGCAGCCCUGGUUUGGGGGUGUGAGUGAGCCUCUCUGCGGGGUCAGAGCGCCCUCUGGAGGGGCAACCUGGAGGCGCGGGGUUUAUGCGGGCCAGCAAGCAGCUGCUGUCUGAAUUCAGUUUAAAUUCAUGCUCUUUGACGGAGCGGUGAGAGCCUAGCAGUACCUCCCUGACCUGAUUCCUCAUUCAGUGGUCCUUGUUUGCCCAGGCCCCUUUCCCUGGGCUCUGCCCGCGGUUCACCCGCUGCGCCGUCAGCUCAUCAGCAUCUCUUCUUUCCUGCUCCCUGUUCUCUGCCGUCUUGGGUCCUCCCUGCCGCCCCUCCCGGGACUCCCGUAGCCGGGAGCCGGGUGCAUCCGCUCCUCACCCGGACUUACUCACAGGGCCCUUCCACGGCUCGCUCGCUGGCUCGCUCUCACACACACAGAACCGUGGUCCAGCCCCUGGGCCAUCUCAAGGGGUGAGCUGCCCAUCAUGACCAGAUGACUCGAGUUACUGACUUGCCCGCGUCCACUCGCCUCACCGGCCCUUGAACACUUCUCUCUCCCUGCUUGCUCUGUGCAUCCCUAGGCCAACGGCAAUUUCUGUAUGUGGCUCAGGGUCCCAGCUGGAGCCUCGGAACUCGGCACCCCCUGGGGUGGUGUAAUUCAUCACGAGCCCAUCCCUGGCUCUGCUGGGGACCCGGUGGGCCAGCGUGGAUCUUGGGCUGGCAGCCGAGCUGUCUCCGUCUUUUCCGCCCCAGGCAGGGUGGCUUCGGGUGUGAGGAGGGACGGACCUCAGGGCCUUUAAGGACUCACGUGCCCUGCAUGCAAGGCCGGACCCCUGCCUUCACCCCUUCCCUUUCCCCAAAGUAUAGGUGUGAAGCCAGGCAGGCAGCCCGUGGCUUCCUUUUUGUGCAUGAAAAGUAAAUCUGUACUUGAUUGCUAAAA